AUGUGAACUCAGCGUCAUGUUUGCAUUUGCGAAUUUAUUGAAGAGUUUUUAAAGGUUAGAAAAGAAUAGAAGGAAAUUAUAUUAUAAUUCACGAAUAUUUAUUAUUAAUCAUCGUCUAUUUCUUCUAAAAUACAAAGCUAUCAACAGCCAUUGAGAAGAGAGAAUUUAAAAAAAAAAUGGAUUUAAAUUUUUUUCCCAACGAUUGUAACGUUUGUAAAAAAACGACAGAUUUAAAGAGAUGCAGUCGUUGUCAUAUGAUAUCAUACUGUGGUACAGAACAUCAAAAAAAUAAUUGGCACAUACACAAGAAAAUUUGUAGAAUAAUUUCCGAAAUAACAAGAGAAAAAGGACUCACUCAUCUCUACGAAAAUAUGCGAAAUUGCAGUCCAUCGAUAUGGACACAGGCAAGAAAGGCAAUGAUUGAACAAAUUUCUUCUCUAAUGGGUCGAGAAUUGAAAUACUUUGAAUUGGAAAUGUUACGUUAUCCUCGAGCAUGUUACAUUUGCUAUGACACUAGACAGGAGAAUUUAAUAAAUUGUCCAAAAUGUCCCCUGGUGUCUUUUUGCCAUGAACAUUCAAAUUCGACAAUUCAUGACGUAAUUUGUGCGGACAUUAAAAGUUGUCACACUUUGGAGAAUAAAAAACAAGAUGAAGCUACGAAAAUGAUGCGUUCUUGUACAUUUAACUUUCCUUCGAUUUUUAAAACUUUACCAUUGUCCACAGAGGAAUAUUUGGAUAAAUCUUUGGAAUGUCAAAAAAAAUUAAAUCCAUUGUUAAAAAUUCAAGCCUCGACGAUUGUUUAUAAACCUUUGACGAUUUUUGGAAUUCUUUUAAAAUUGAACAAGAUUUCUUCAACGAAUUUAACGAUUUUCAUCCACGCGGAUGAGUCCGUGUCGGAAAUGUUGGAUUUUUGUGAAAUUCUACUUCAUCUAAUGCCGAAUUUAAAAAAUCUCCGAGUAAUAACGGAUGGGAUGGUGCAACUUUCAAUUUCCGGCGAGAGGAAUGUUUGUAAAUUUUGCAAAGCAAAAGGAAAAUGUUAUCAAGUAAUGCAUGUCUGUUUUAUGAACAAGGCUAUCAUUGAAUCGGUUGUUGUUGCCGUUUUUAUGGAUUUAAAACCAAAGGAACAAUUGACUAUGGAUGAUCCAACUUAUUUUCAUCUAUGUCAUUUUAGUAGUGAAAAUUGUCCUGUGGCUUUCACUGCAAACAAUGAAAUAGGAAUGAGACGAUUGAAAAAUUGUUAUCGUAAAUUUUGUCCGAAACACACGAUUUCAUAUGAAGGUGACAAUGAUUUUUGUUCGAUGUACGUCGAGAGAUUUUGGGAGAAUUGGAGUAUUAAGAAGAAUUCUGAACAUUUGCUAAUUGCCACAUGUUCAACAUCUACGGAAAAUACAAAAAGUGAGCAAAUAUCGAAGAAAAGCAAUAAUCCCAUUGAUCGAAAGAAGAGUGUGGAAACAUUUUUACCUGGAAUUUGUCAAGUUUGUAAGAGUCCAGCGAUGGAAGUUUGUACACGAUGUAAAAUGAUUUUUUACUGUGGAAAAAAGCAUAUGAAGCGAAAUCAAUUGGAGCACAAGGAUAUUUGUAAAGUAAUACUGGGACUUUUGAAUGAAAAAGGAACUCCUCAUCUUUUUGAUAAUGUCGAUGUUAGUGACGAGAAAUCGUGGUUUGAGGCGAAAUUGAAUUUUUUAAAAAUUGCAAAAUCGAAAUUGAAUAGAGAAUUAUGGAAUUUUGAGAAGGAAAUAUUUCUCUUUCCAAAGACUUGCUUCGUUUGUCACGAUAGCGAUUUGAGCGUUCUCAAAACUUGUGAAUGCUGUGUGAGCCUGUGUAAAAUUCACAGAGACGACGAGGAGCAUAAAAAUCUCUGCAAAGAUUUUCUCUUCAAUCUAAAAUGGGGAAGAAGUAAAGAUGAUUUUCAAAAGAUGGCUGAUAUAACAGCGUUCGCUUCGAAAAAAGAUUACAAGCAACAACUUUCAAUGGAGAAAUUUAUAGAUUCAUUUUUUCAUUUCAAAAAUUUACAACAAGAAAAUCCAACAGAACUGAAUGCGAGGAAAAUUAUUAUUUCCGAUUUUUUAAGUCGACCACAAACAUUUCUCUACGCUGUUGAAAAAUUAAAAAUUCCAAUUACAAGUUCCCUUCAAGUUCACAUAAUUGGAGCGAUAAAUGAGGAAAUCGAACAUUUUGCCUAUUGGCACAGCGUUACAUUCUGGUACAAGAAUUUAACUGAUUUAUGCCUUUGUUUCGUUGGUCCAGGAACCAUUGAUUUAGAACACUUUGAAUCGAAGAGUAGAUUUAAUUUUCUCGACAAUACACCAGCGAAAACGAAAAUAUGUGGCACAAUGCUUGUUGAUAAGCGUUACGAUGAUUUUUACAAUAGUAAAGAUUUCAUAAAACCCGAUAUAAUAAUUGGUUAUAAUUUAGAUUUGAAUGAGAGUAAUUUGGGAAUGACCGAUUGCACAUGGAAGGAGACUUUCUCGAUUAUCAGUGAAAUUAAUGUUCCAUUUUUGAUGACGGCCAAGACGGAGGAACGUGGACGAAAGGAUCACGAAAUGAUUUGUUCAUUCUUGGGAAAAACGAUUGAUUAUCAUCUUUUUGAGAAGAAUCCCUACGCGAGUUUAAUGCCCGAGAGAAAUUACGAGAAUGAAAGAUUGUGUUAUUCGAAUAGUUAUUUAAUUGCUUAUAUGCAAUUUCCAAGAGACUCAGAUGCGAUGAAAGUGAAUUCUUCAAAAAAAAACGAAAAUAACGCACAAAAAGUGGAAAAUCAAAUUUUUGCUGUUAAACCAAAUGGCGUUAGUGUGGGAAUUGUUAAAAAUCCAACAAAUUCCGAGUUCGACGAAAUUGUUGAAUUGAAAAAAUUUGCUAAGGAGCAAUUUUCGAAAGUGAAAGUUCAAAAAUCUCUACUAGAAGAAACGGAAGAAGAACAAAUGGAAAGAAAGUAGAAAAAAUUGAGGAAAAUUUGCAGCUUAAAGACGAAAAUAAAAUUUUAAACGAUAAUCUCCGACUUAUGAAAGAAAAUAAUCGCUUGAAGGAUAAAAGUACUGAAUUCAAUUCAAAUUACCAUUUUGUUUAUUAAAAACGAUGUAUAAGAUAUAUACAUCCUAUGUUGUGAAUUUGUGAUUGUUAAUACGUUAAGAAUGAAUUAACAAAUUUUUAUAGUUAAAAACAAAAAGAAUUAUUGCUGUAAAAAUAUUUUUUUUUCCAUUGGUUUUAUUUUUGACUCAUAGAAAACUUUAUUAUUGAAUGUUAAUA